AUAGAUAUCAAUAUUUCUAAAAAAUAUAUUAAUAAUUUUAAGAUUUUAUUUUUUAUUUAUAAAAAACAUAAAAAUAUGUAUUUAUAUUUUUUAAAAAUAAAUUUAUAUGAAAUUUAGAUAAAAAAAUCAUAUAAAUAAAAAAACAGAUAUGUAUUAUCACAUAUCGAACACAGAAGAAUCGACCAAUGGCUGGACGAGACCAGCAGACGCCAUUGUUGCAAACCUCACCUCAUAAACUAACAGGCAAUGUAUGGACAACCCUAGCACAUAUUAUAACAGGAGUAAUAGGAUCAGGUGUUCUAUCCUUGGCAUGGAGCAUGGCACAGCUGGGGUGGAUUGCUGGUCCAUUGUCUCUUUUACUCUUCGCCUUUUUUACCCUCGUCUCUGCAUCCUUUAUCUGUGACAUCCAUCUUUAUGCUAACCCUAACCCCAAUAAUGGCACCACCACCAUGAUUAUGAACCGCUCCUACUUGCUGGCAGUUCAGAGUAUUUUAGGAAAGAAAAAUGGAUGGGUAUGUGGAUGCUUGGUAUAUUUCAGUAUAUUCAAAAUAGGAGUUGUGUAUACAAUUACAUCUGCGAUUAGCAUGAGGGCAAUUAGGCAAUCAAAUUGCUACCACAAAGAAGGGCAUGAAGCUGCUUGCGAAUAUGAGGAUACCUACUAUAUGCUUUUGUUUGGAAUUGUUGAAAUAGCAGCUAAUAGGACAAGGGAAGAUCCAAGGUAG